AUGUUUUCAUUUUUAGUCAAGAAGAUAGGAAUGCUCAAUCAGGGCAAAGUGCACAGCAUAGCGUGGAAUUAGGAGGAAGGUUGGAUAGCAAUCGGAGGAGAACAUGCGCCAUAAGGAUAAAAGAAAGGGUUAUUGAAAAUAAUAAAGUUGGAUGAUUAAAAGGCAGGUAUUCAAGGACAACAAGCCAAAUUACCAUAUGAAGCAGCCUUGGAAUAACAUAUGGGUAAGGUGAAUAUAAUUAUUUGGAAUGAGAGAUAUCAGAAAUUGACUACUAGUGAUGAUCAAGGGUAGAUUAUUGUGUGGAUAAAUUUGGGAAAUGAAUGGGUCGAGGAGAUGGUGAAUAAUAGACAGAAAUCAAAUGUAACCGAUAUGAAAUGGUCACCUGAUGGAUUCAAAAUUGGAAUCAUCUAUGAGGAUGGAGCUGUCAUCAUAGGAUCAGUUGAAGGUAAUAGACUCUGGGGCAAAGACUAUCAAUACAGGUUGGGAUUGAUCGAAUGGUCACCAGAUUCAAAGUUGAUGAUUUUGGGAACUGCCGAUGGACAAGUCAUCAUACAUGAUUAGAAUGGUAAUCAGCUAAAUUCAUUGAAAAUGAGUUGUUUAAUGGGAUUAGUUGAUCCCAAAAAUUACUUCACUCCCAAUCAAUAAAUAGCAGCUGUCCAAUGGUAUGAAUAUGGCAAAAUGUACACUGAUGAAACUCCUCCAGGUUUGCUAAUUGGCUACACAUGUGGUAGAGUUUAGUUAAUGAAAAAUGAUAAGGAUGAGUCUCCUAUUUUAAUAGACACGGUAAUGGCCAUAUCAUCAGUCAGAUGGAGUCCCAAUGGUUCUAUGUUUGCAGUGGCUGGUAGUGCCAAAGAUAAGGAUGAACAAAGGGCAGUUGUGUAAUUCUAUUCAAAUAUGGGUGAUCAUCUAAAGACACUAAGAGUUGCAAACACCGACAAAGUCAAUAGUCUUAGUUUUGAAGGUGAUGGUUUGAGAUUGGUCAUGGGAGUUGGUCAAACUGUUUAUGUUGCCAAUCUCAAAUUAGAUUACAAGUGGAGUUAUCUUGCAUAAUCAGAAACUCUCAUCUUCGCCUAUCAAAGGCAAGAUAGAAUGGAAUUUACUAUCAUCUUUUGGGAUACGAAAAGAGAAUAAAAAUCCAUCAGGUAUAUGAAAGGCUUACUUGAUAUCAAAGGAUCAAAUGAUUGUUGUGUCUUGAUAAGUCUUGUUGAAUAAGACACAUGGAAGGUGGAACUCUGCAAUUCUAUUGGCAGUCCCUUAGAUACUAAAUUCAUAUCCAUUGAACCCAAAUUUAAUUGUAUGACUAAAACUCAUAUCAUUAUUGCUAAUAGUGAUUAUGUAUACUUAUGGUAAUACAGAAACUAAGUCUAAAGAUUAACUACGUUCGAAUCCAAUUAGAAUACAGGAAUCAGAAAAAUUGGUAAAGAAAUGGCAUGGUUUAUUGAUGAAAACCCAGAUAGUUAAGUAAUCUAUGAUAAAGAUACAUUUAAUUUGGAAAAACAAACUGAGGAAACUAUUUGUGCCAUAUAAGCAAAUGAAAAUUAUUUGUUUAUUGGCAGAAUCAAUGGUAAUAUAUUAAAAUUCACAUUACCUUAUGUCAGUGUUGAACCUAAAUAUUUCCUUGAAAAUAGGGCAAAUAUCAUUAAUAUUAAUUGUAAUUCUACUCGAUUAUCUAUAAUUGAUGUGAUGGGAACUUUAUAGUUAUUAGACAUUUCUGUUGGAGGUGGAAAAUUAUUAGAUUUCGAUAAGAAGGAAUGUUGGCAGGUUGUUUGGUCUGAUAAUGACCCUCUUUAAUUUGCCGUCAUGGAAAAGGGUAGAAUCCAUUUAGUAAGGGACAUAACUGCUGAUGAUCCUCUUCCUUGUGAUGCCUUCUUAUGCUCAUUCUCAGAACUUACUGUUAAAGGAGCAUUAUUAGAUGAUAUCAUGAUGAGUCCUGAUGGCUAAUUAAGAGCAGAUGAAUUACUUGUCUAAUAUGAAAGUAGAUUAUUUAAGGAAAUCAAGGAAUCUAUUGAGAAAACACCUCCAAAGGAAAUGUUUGGUAUCAUUGAAAAAUAACCAUCUAAUACUUUAUGGUAACUUUUGGCUUAAAAGGCUCUGGAAGAAUUAGAUUUCUCAGUUGCAGAAAAGUGUUACUUGAAAUUAGAAGAUUAUGCUGGAUUGCAAUUCAUAAAGAGGAUCUUAGAUUAUGAUGAAAAAGAAAAAUAAAAGGCAGAGGUUUAUGUGUUUCUGAAACGAUUUGAUGAAGCUGAGAAAAUACUAAGAGAAAUUGAAAGAAAAGAUCUGGCUGUUUAAAUGAGGAUGAAAACUGGUGAUUAUUCAAGAGUGCUAUUUUUAUCUAAGGAUCUUGUAGGUGCAGAUGAAGUUAUAGUUCAAACUCAAAAUAAAUUGGGAAACUUCUAUUGUGAUCAAGGAGAGUGGGAAAAAGCAUAAUAACAAUUCAAAUUAUCUAAUAAUGUUGAAAGAUUAAUAGAGACCUCAUUCAUGAUUGAAGAUUAUUAAACACUUGAAGAGUUAGCUAAUUCUUUAUAAGAAGGAAAUGCAUUAUUAUGUGAUUUGGGUGAAAGAUUCCAAUUAUUAGGAAUGGCAAAGAGUGCAAUCAAAUGUUUUGAAAAAGCAGGAGACAUUAAAAAAGCUAUUGAUUGCGCAGUUCUCCUGAAUGCUUGGAAUUUCGCCGUUGAAUUAGCUGAAAGACACAAUUUUGUAUAAAUUGAAGGAUUGCUACAAUAAUAUGCUGCUUAAUUGUUAGAAUAAAGAAUGAAAUUAGAGGCUGCAGAAUUAUAUAGAAAGGCCAAUCAUAAUUCAGAUGCAGCUCGCUUGUUAUCAUAAAUUGGUGAAGAUCUUAUUAAAAGCGAUUAAAGUCCCCUUGUUGUGAAGAAACUAUUUGUUAUGGCUGCUUUAGAAGUUGAUCUGUACAAAAAGAAGUUGUAUGAUGUCACCAUGACAGCUUAGAAUAAUACUAUUGCUCAUACUUUAGAUUAAUUAGUUACAAAUGAUUUAAAUCAUUCUGCUGACAAAGUACUCAAUAAUCCUUGGAGAUAAGCAGAGGCUUGGCAUUUCUAUAUUUUGACACAGAAAUUCCUCUAUUCUGGAAAUUACAAAUAUGCAUUAAAAUCAGCCAUUAGAUUAUGUGAAUUUGAAUUAGACAUGGAUCCUAAAAGGAUAUAUUCGUUGCUUGCUCUUGCUGCUUACUAUAACAAAUCUUAUAAAGAAUGUGCAAGAGCCUUUGUGAAAUUGGAGAAUCUAGACAAUAUUACAGAGGAGGAAAGGGAGAGAUAUUAAUCAGUUGCUGCUCAAAUAUUUGUAAAACAUGCACCUGAGGAUGCUGUGUGUGAUGCUAUCCAAUGUCCAAAACCUUCUUGUGGUAAUAAAAAAAUAACUGAAUAUUAAUUAUUCUGUAAAGAAUGUGGAACCAUUUUUGGAGUCUGUGUGGCUUCCGGAAAAUCCAUAUAUGGAUAGAAGUUUUACACUUGCAAAGCCUGCAAACAUAAGAUGAUCGAUCAGGAAGUCUAAAAUCUUGCAUUAAAAUUUUGUUCCCUUUGUCAUACACCAAUAGAUUUUAAUAGAUUUGGAAAACAUGGAGACAAAUAAUUAUGA